CCAAAUGAAAAUUAAUAAAUUAAUGCGCAGCCGACUCCAACUCCCACUAAACACAGCAAGAUCUCGUGCAUAAUAAUAAUAAUGAUAUAUAGUAUUGUAUACUAUAGUGAUGUAGUGUAGAUACUUUAGCACCAUUAGCAAGAAUGUCUGUAAAAACUUUUCUCCCUUUCUUUAUCAUCCUGAUCUUCUCUGGUGCUGUUUACGGCCGCUUUAUUAGCGACUCGUCCAGUAGUCUAAUAUCUGAUGGAGUUCACAGCGGGAUCGGUCGGGACUCAGAAGUUCUCCGGCUGGACCGGAGUUAUGCUGGCGCCGAGGAGAGUUGUGAACAGAGUUAUGGAUUUCUGCCUUGCACUAAAACUGCUCUCGGAAAUGUUUUUCUCAUUUUAGUCUAUGGUUACCUUAUGUUCCUUGCUGCUACCUAUCUGUCUUCUGGUAGUGAACUGCUGCUGGAGAUUUUAGGGCCAGGUCUUAUCGGUGGACUAUUCCUUCCUGUGCUUGGUGCUCUUCCUGAUGCUAUGCUCAUUCUCGUAUCGGGGAUAUCUGGAAGUACUGCAGCUGCUCAGAGCCAGGUCUCCGUCGGAAUGGGCUUAUUAGCCGGGUCAACUGUUAUGCUUAUUACUGUUAUUUGGGGUACCUGUUGCAUUGUUGGCAAGUGUGACAUACAAAAUUCUGUUGCUGUAGACAUGAAAGACACUAAAGGAUUCAGCUUGACUGGUUCUGGUGUUAGUACUGACAUCUGGACAAGCCAUGCUGCAAUGAUAAUGGCCGUGUCUGUAACUCCAUUUCUUGUUGUCCAAUUGCCACAGCUCCUCCAUUCAACUUCAGGAAGACAUUUAGCUGUCUUGAUGGCUCUUAUCAUUUCACUUACACUGCUUGUUUCUUAUUGCGUCUAUCAGGUCUUUCAGCCUUGGAUACAAAGUAGACGACUGGCUUAUAUAAAACAUAAGCAUGUUAUAUCAGGAGUUCUGAAACGUUUAAGAAUGCGAGCAUUGGGGAGGCUUUGCACGGACCAGGGAGCACCAAAUGUAGAAGUUCUAGAAAAACUAUUCGAGGCAAUUGAUGAAAAUGAUGAUGGAUAUCUUUCCCGCGGUGAAUUAAAAGCUCUGGUAGUAGGAAUGCGUCUUGAAGAGAUAAAUUUAAAUGAGUGUGAUGCUGUAGAAAAGCUGAUGAAAGACUUCGAUACUUCUCAUGAUCAACGAGUUGAACUGUCUGAAUUCAUUGCCGGAGUUUCAAAGUGGCUUAAUGAGGCCAGAGGUUCCAAGGUUCCUUCUCCUGAAGCUGGUCCUGAUACAAUGAAGUACCUCGGUGAUUUGCAUGAGGAAACAAGGAGAGAACACUAUUUCUUAGGGGAUCAAAGUGACGAAAAUGUUGAGGCUGUUGAGAAUCCCAGAUCAAUUACAAUUAAGGCAGUUCUAUUGCUGUUGCUGGGCACUGUCAUUGCUGCUGUGUUUGCUGAUCCCCUGGUGGAUGCUGUCAAUAAUUUCUCAAGUGCCACAAGCAUUCCGUCUUUCUUCAUCUCAUUCAUUGUGUUGCCAUUGGCAACCAACUCCAGUGAGGCAGUGUCGGCUAUUAUCUUUGCUAGCCGGAAAAAGUUGAGAUCUGCAUCAUUAACAUUUUCUGAGUUAUAUGGAGCAGUGACUAUGAACAAUCUCCUUUGUCUAUCCGUCUUCCUUGCUCUCGUCUACAUCAGAGGAUUGACAUGGGAUUUCUCGUCUGAAGUACUGGUUAUUCUAAUUGUUUGUGUUGUCAUGGGGGUCUUUGCAAGCGUCCGUAGAACAUUUCCCCUGUGGACUUCUUUUCUAGCUUUUCUACUUUAUCCCUUCUCUCUUGUACUUGUAUACGUUCUCGACUACAAAUUCGGUUGGUCUUAGAUCCUUUUGGUUGAAUUUGUAUAUUUUUAGCUACGCCGCACUUAAGUUGCUCUUUGACUCUGCUAGAACUUCAUUAACUUGGGAGUUGAGACGAUUUGGUUGUAUAAUGUGUACUUGUAAUUUCCAAGUGCUGUUUAUUGGGUGAAGGUUUUCAAAGUUCCAUCCAGUCAACCAUAUGAUUAAUGCAAGAGCAAACUGCUUCUGCAUUUCCAUU